CUCGUCCUCUUCCCAUAGCACUUCCAAUUUGCCGGGCACGAACUUGUAACGGCGAACCACGUUGCCCGUUCGCGUUCGAACAACAUAUUCUCGUCGAAUCCGCAAUUCCCUACCCCAGCGAAGCUUCUCCAUGAGAAUCUGAGGCCGACGAUGAAUGACAGGCGGGACUUCCGGAGCACCGGGUUUUCCCUGUAGAGGAUUUGGGACAGGCUCUUGUGACGUUUUUGUAGAUGGCGGCAAUUUAUGGUGGUGAGUAAUAUUCAUCCGCAAGCUCCACCUUCGGCGAGGAUAAAUCUCCUCCUCGAGGGGCGGAUUAGGUGCAACUGGCUGUUGAUUAGAGCUCUUCAAACCAUACGACUCGCAGGCGCGAUACCAUUGCCGACGUUGUUGUGCCUCUUCCCAAGCGGAGAGUUCCCUGGUUGACCCCUCUGAAUUACCGUGUUGCGAGGCACCUGCCUGGCUCUUCUUCUUGGCUGCGCGUUUGUGGAAUCCAAACUGACGGUGCUGGGAGGAACCACCAGGGGGAUGGGAGGCAUCACGGUCACGAUCUACCCCUUCCAUGUUUCCUUUCUUCCUGCCAAUUUCUACGUCACUCCCUGCCUGUGUAUCGUGCUUGUUCCACGCCGGCCUCCCAUCCUCGGGCUUCUUCGUCCCGGGACCACGUUUAUCGCUUUUCUGGGUUGCCCAGUGAGUGCGGUGUUUCUCCAUUGCAAUCUUUUCUGUAGCUGUCGCUGUUUUUGUCGUGUUCUUUCUUCUUGAUGUGCGCAAGCGUUGAGGAUUCUCCUUUCGUGGAAAAGGAAACGUUUUACGGUAUUGACACGACUGAGUCUUGGAUCCCAUUGUGACUCCACAACUACCUCUACGAUUUCCUCUCGCUAUCCUUGU